AUGCAUCCACACAAGGCGAGCGCCAGUGUCAACAGCGGCGGAUCCAGAAUUUUAAACUUCCUUACGGUAGAGGGUGUGUGUUCCCGGGAACCCACACCUUCUACUCUACAUCCACCACUGAGUGUCAAAAUCGGUGGUUAUGACAUUCCUAAAGAAUCCAUCGUUUACGUGAAUGUUUGGGUUGUUGCUCGUGAUCCAGCAGUGUGGAAGGACCCGUUGGAGUUCAGACCAGAACGCUUCCUCGAGGAAGAUGUUGACAUGAAAGGACAUGACUAUCGGCUACUUUCUUUUGGUGCAGGGAGGCGGAUUUGCCCUGGUGCACAACUUGCUAUCAACUUGGUCACCUCUAUGUGGGGUCAUUUGUUGCAUCACUUUACGUGGUCUCCUUCCGCGGGUGUUAACCCAGAGGAUAUCGACUUGACAGAGAGCCCCGGAACAGUUACUUACAUGAAAAAUCCAAUACAAGCUAUCCCAACUCCAAGAUUGCCUGCACAUUUGUAUGAACGUGUGCCAGUGGAUAUGUAA